AUGAUGCACCACCGCAUCAACGGCGGAUCCGCCACAAUCCCCACCCUCCUCCUCAUCCUCCUACUCACCAUCACCACAACCACAACCUCAACAACUCUCCCGAUCCCAGGACUAGACACCUUCCUAACAAACCAAUACCGAAUCGACCCAAAAUCCACCAACGACUCCUUCCCCUCACUCCCCUCCUCCCUCAAACGCUCCCUCUCCUCCUCCCCUCUCCCCUUCACCUCCCUCUCCUCCCCUCUCCUCUCCCUCUCCCUCCCCGUCUCCCUCCACGUCCGCCUCGUCGGCCCCUCCUUCCCUUCCUCCUCCCCCUCCACCCUCUCCUCCUUCCUCACCUCCGCCGUCUCCUCCGACUACUUCCACGUCAUCUCCGACUCCUCCGAUCACAACCUCGCCGUCUCCCACUCCCUCCACCUCGACGCCUCCCUCUCCCCCGCUUCCCUCUCCUCACGCCUCACCACAACCUUGCAAUCCCUAAUCUCCUCCUCAACCUCCUCCCUCCGCUCCAACCUCCUCUCCCUCCCUUACUCCCCCAUCGACGAAAUCAUCAAACGAGAAUACCAAAACGAGAAGCACGGAGACGGAGGUGUCUACGUCUACUUACUCUCCCUCCCUCCUCAAUCCAAGCCCUACGCUUACUCCUACUCCCACGGAGACUCCUCCGCGGGCUUCACCAAAUGCCUCGGAACAAUCUGGACUGGUAAAGACCGUUACCUCUGGAUCGAUCUCUCCGCUGGACCUGUAGACUACGGUCCAGCUUUAUCGGGAGACGGUGUGCUUCCACGUGGCGAGUUUCACCCUCUCGCGGCUUUCCACGGGAGGCCGAAGUCGGAGAAGGCUCUCCUCGCGGAUUUGGCUUCGUUGGUUUAUAAUGCUUAUAAGGUACUUCUUGUUCCUUCUUUGAGGAUCCCUGUGUACUUCGAGGAGACUUUGGUUGUGCAGUUGAUUCAUGUUUACGCGUCCGGGGUUAAGGAUCCGGUUGGGUUGGAUUGGGAGGUUGUUAAAGGGACUUUCUUGGAGGAAUCUAAAGGGUUGUUGUUAGGUGAACAGAAGCUUAGUUUCAAGAGUUUUAGUGUUGAUUUUAAAGAGUGUCCGAUUUGUUCGUUUGCGGUUUCUCGUGGGAUGAAUUCGUAUACGUCGAGGUUUUUGUUUGAUAACUAUACGUUGAUUGUGAGUGAGUAUUUGGAUUCCAAGCAUAUGCAUCGGACGUUGACUGAGUCUGGAGAUGAGUUGAGGAGAGUGGCCGGGAUUCAUGAGGAAGAGGAGUUCGCUAGGGUGUUGCCUGUUUACGUGUUUGAUUUGGAUGUCAACACGCCGUUGUUGUUGGAUAGGUAUCAUCAGAGCGUCGCGUUUAAGGAUAUGGUGAUUGCGGUUAGAACUAGAGGGACGCAGUCGGUUAGUGAUUAUACUUGUAAUGGGCGUCAUGUGUUUGUUCACACGAGGGAUCUUGAGAGACCUUUGGUGGGUUCGAUUCUACAGAGUAUGUGGGGUGUGUCGUCGACUCAUUUGAUGUGGAGUCCGAGGCAUAACUCGACGUUGGUUGAUUACACGUGGAGCGUUGGGCAGACGCCGUUUGGGCCAUUCUCUGAUGUUUCGUCGUUGUCGUUUGUUCAGAAAGACGCUGCUAAGAGGAACGUGAUUCUGACGUCGUUGAACACGACUAUCUCUAGCGCGAUUGAUGUUAUUGAUUCCGCGGUUGCGUAUGGAGGAGAGGGGAUGCUUGUGAAACAGAAUCGGUAUGCUGAGUUUAUGCAGAGGUGGAAUCUUUUGAAGUAUAAGAUGGAGAAGUCUGUUUCUGCUUUGUCGCAUAAUGAUUUUGAGAUGGCUUUGUACUAUUUGAGAUCAGCUUCUCAUGACUUGUACUCGAUGCAUUCGGUGGUGUACUUGGCGUCGCAAAAGGUGGAAGCGAGUCUCGACUGUUUUAAGGAUCCUCCGUUCCCGUGGGGAGCUGUUUCAGUGUCUGGAGUAGGGUUAGUGGCUUUGGGUUACGUGUACGCUAAAAGAGAUAGGCUCUUCAAGAGUAAAAGAAAACAGUUCUGAAGAAUCCAAGUGGUGGUUACAGUGGAGAAAGAUUUGGCUUGUUUUUUUGGGGUUGGAUACGACAUGUACUAUUAUGAGAUUUGUUUCAAUUUGGUAAUGGUGAACAAAAGAGAAACAAAUGUUGGAUCUUUUUCUUCUGGUUGUCUAUUUUUGAAUAGUUAAGACUUGAGACGUACACUUGAUAUUGGUUUCUUUUUCUUUUACUAUCAAAACUUCGAGAGAGCGAAUGCCGUUACUGAUAUUUCACUUUAGAAUGAAGGCUCUAACUGAUAUUUCAUUUUAGGAAUGUAUGGAAUAAAUGAAAUUGUAAUGCAAUAAUGUUAAUUUUG